GCGCUGUGCUACACAUUAGCGUCCGCAAUUUUAGGCAAUGAGAAAGCAGUUACUACCCGAGCACCUUGCUAGCUACUACUUUUUUCUACUGGACACGAGUUGCAUGUUAUCGAAAAUUUAUAUCAACAUUAAGGCUUAACAUACCUGGUUAAGGAUAAAGAUAAGCAAGGCUGACAGGAACGAUGGAGAAGGCCAAAGAUGGGGACGGGGAAGUAGAUGGAUUUGCGCAAGCAAAACUAAUCCUCCUACUACUACUACUAUUACUACCAUACACACACAAACACACGUUACAGGCUGGUGCGUAGAAAACAGUUCGGAAUAAAAGGGAAAACAAAUACAUUGUUUUGAAACAAUAAUAAGCGUGCAGCUGCUGCUACGCACGAUCUAGUGUUUAAGAUGACUCGAAAAAGAGAUAAAGAGAUAAAGAGAAAGGGAGAAGAGUAUCAUAAUUAAAGCGUAACACCAUUGUCUCGUAUCGUAGUAUAUUUACACGUUUACAUACAAAAGGCUCACAACGGAUCAGAUGAUCGGGGUGUCCCUUGGGGAGGGAGAGGACAACAUGAAUGCGACAUAUGUGAACACUCUAUAUAGUAUCUAGCAUCGUACAGAAGGUGUACUACGGUCGGUGAUAGUAGGGGAGGGAGUGCUGUGCGGGUGCUGAAAAUUAAUGAACUUUAUAUAACCGUUGUUUGAAAUAAGGACAUCUUUGGCAUGGAUAAAUUAGCAAAAUAUAUAAACAACACAAAAGGAGGCAAUUUCAAACCCGCAGAAAAACAAAACACGAGCAGAAGAUCGACGAUUUUCUGAUGCUACGGUAUCGAAACAUACCGGAUCCCCGGUGGUGUGGCUAGCAUUCAAACUGAUGCGUGAUAGUGAUAAGAUAAGCAUAACAGGCAAGCAAUCAAAGUAAGCACCUUCUGUAGCAACACCACCACCUGCGCUAUAUGGCUGGUGGCAUGGCAUAAACGUAGCCUACUGCUACCGGACGAAGCAUAUCCUUCGUAUCCGUGGUGACUGUCACUGUCUCUCUGGUCUCCCUUCGCACUCUCUUUAGCUAGGACUUUAAAGAAGAAUUUAUUGAUUUGAGUAUCUUUUACAAUCGGCGCCACACAAUGUCCCUCUUCCAGUGCCGGCGUGUCGAGACUUGUACAGACAUUCUUGAGGCAAAAAUCGUUACAAAUGGCGUUAGUAGAUUUGCGAUACAAAUGUUUGCUGAGCCUGAACCCGUCUACUGAGACGGAUCGGUCUGUAUAUAGAGUAUAAUGUUAUUAUACAUAUACAUAUAAUUCUAUACAUACACACAUAUAAAAAAAAGUUCUUUAUAAGCAGCUUUGAAGUUUUAUAAAUUUUGCCACCUCCCCUUUUCGCAAUUCAUUGGCACGUGUUCAGCGUUUAGCGUAUCCUUUUGCGAGCCGGGCGUUUGUUGGCCCCUUCUACUAUACAUCCGAUUGGAAAUUCCUUGAAUUAAUUUGGCACCAUCAGUUGACCUUGAGCACAUUCAUUCACACAAAAACACGUCUGAUGUACGCGUACACCAGCGUCUCUAGUAGCCUACUAAGUGUACUAAACCGUUGCCAAAUUGACAAAAGAAAAAGGAACCCAAAGAAACCGAUGAACCGACUGUCCUUCCAACAACACCAACCCACAUCACCUUAUAGAAUUACACCGUAAGAUAGUAGAAGAUCCCGAGCAUCCCUGGAUAGCAAAUCGGAGUUCCGUGUAGUUGCGUGUGUUUGCGGGCAUGCGAGAAACCCCCCUCCCAUUCAAUUAGCCACUCGUGUACCACGUCGUGUAUAAUCGUUGUGACAGGAAACUUUACAAUAAUAUGAAGCAAAACCAGCAACAGUAGCAGCGGCGGCGACCAACAGCAAUAAAUUGUUCAAUCAAAAGCGAUACAAUAUGUAGCGUCUGAAUGAUGAGACGAGAUGCCCGGUUGAGUGUCUUGGUUGAGAGGGCGAUGGAGGCGAUUUCGUACGUAGAGUAAGGAAAUCAAACAAAACAAAUAGAGAAAAAAUGGAAAACAAAGUUGAUAACAUGUGAACCGUGGGCCCAAAAGUUAAUAAUAAUGUUAGAUGAUGACGAUGAUGACCAUGAUGCUGAUGAUGAGUGUUACAGACAGAGUCAGUGGCAGACGUUGGAGGAAGGAACAUUAUCACUCCCGAAUUCCCCCCAUAUCAUGGCCGAGAAGGGUUUGCCACGUGUGUGCACCAGCCCUCAUAAACACGUGUCCAACGUGAUCACAAGUGGGUUCGGUACUCUCAUGUUCGACCGUUUGUAGAAUCCUGUUUAAGCGAUCCUUUUGCGAAUGUUUGAUUGAAUUUCGUACGAACAAAUACAAGCGAAUGGACAUUUGAAGUGGUACCCCCCAUAGUACCCCCUAGCGGCCGUAACUCAAAAGCGAUAGGCUCUUAAUUGAGGAUAGGGAAAUCGUGCUGCUUGGUGACUCCGACGGGACAGAGGAACAUUCUAACUUCAUAAAACAAUAAAAAAUGUGAAACAUACAGACACACAGGCACGCGGAAACGGAAGUGCGCGAUGCAGACAAACAUACACAUCUAUUACAUAUAUAUAUCUAUUAUAUACAUUCAAAAUAUGCAAAUCAAAGCGUAAGUCAUAAUGUUUUAUUUUUUUCGGUAAAAAUAAACGUAAAUUGUUCACUGAAAAGCUGAGGGAACUUAU